AUGGGCACACUUUUUGUCACUAUCGAGCUGGAGAGCAUGCAGGGUGGCCCGGUGGGUGACAUCACCAGGCCUGGUGGUCCUGAAGUCAGUGAAGGCCUUGGAGAAACACCGGAAGCAGCACAAGACCUGAAAGCCCGCUCAUUCUUCCCAGGCCCGGAGAGACCCACUGUGGCCAUGGGCAGGGAGGCGCUGACUGUGGUGAAGACAGGCUGGGUGGUGCUGCGGGAGAUCAAGCCAGCGGACUCUAAGCCCGGCACCAUUCGAGGGGACUUUAUUCACUUCGGUAGCAGCAUCAUUUGUGGCAGCGACUUGGUCAAAAGCGCCGAGAAAGAAAGCAGCCUCUGA